AUGGCGGAUAACCCAGAUUGCCCCAGCAAUGCAAAAGCCUUUGUUCCUCUUGAGAACAACCCGGAAGUAAUGACCCAUCUUGUCCACCAACUCGGUCUUUCUCCAUCCUUCGGCUUCUCGGAUGUUUACAGCAUCGACGAUCAAGAUCUCCUAGCCUUCGUUCCGCGCCCCUCACACGCGCUCCUUCUUGUCUUUCCUGUAUCUCGUACCUACGAAUCCGCCCGCAUCUCUGAAGACUCUUCAAAGUCCGAAUACACCGGCUCCGGCCCCGAUGAACCUGUAACAUGGUUCAAGCAAACCAUCCGCAAUGCCUGCGGACUCAUAGGCUUACUGCAUUCUGUUUCAAACGGAGAACCUCGCAAGAAUGUAUCCCAGGGGUCUGAUUUAGAGAAACUCCUACGCGAUGCGGAGCCGUUGGAUCCGAUUAAGCGGGCGGAUCUCCUUUAUGAAAGCUCUGCGCUCGAAAGUGCGCAUGCGGAUGCUGCGAAGAGGGGAGAUACCGUUCCACCUGAAGCGGAGGCGAGUAUUGAUUUACAUUUUGUUUGCUUUGUCAAGGGCAAGGAUGGCAAUUUAUGGGAAUUGGACGGAAGGAGGAAGGGCCCACUUGUCAGGGCGGAGCUGGAUGCUGAAGAAGAUAUGUUAAGCCAGAAGGCUUUGGAUGCCGGAGUUCGGCAGCUGUUAAAAAGAGAGACCGCUGCUGGUGGUGGUGAUUUGAGGUUUAGCCUUGUGAGCUUGGGGCCAUUGUUUGAGUGA